GUAUAAAUUUUAAUUUAUUCUUGAUUUGCCAGGUGGAUAACCUUUAGGGUUAUGAUAUUUUCAUAUUUAUAUUUCCGCAUUAUCGUAUAAAGAGAUAAAUUUAAAAUGAAGAUAUAUACAAAUGAAAAUAAUACGUCCACGCUAAAGUUGCUAAUAGCUGCGAAUUUAGCGGGAAAAAAAGUUGAACUGCAUAAUGCAUCGCUUACAGACGAUAUAUUCACAGGACCGCGGGCCUUGCCGCUCCUAGAGGUAGAUGAACAGCUCUCAUUCUUCUCCAGCAAUGCGGCUGUACAGUAUUUAUUCCCCAUAUUGGAUCUGAGCGAGAAUGGACAGUGCCAACAAAUGCAAGAGUGGGAAGCAACACGUCUGUUGCCCGCUGUUGCAACAGUGAUCACCAGCAAGUCGGUACCAUCAGACCUAAAGCAAGCCCUCAAUUCAUUAUUACAGACUAUUAACGAACACCUUGGAAAACAUAAAUAUAUACUUGGUGAGAAGCUGUCAGCCGUGGAUAUAUCAGUGUGGAGUACACUGUACCCUCUGUAUUAUAACAAAGACUACAAUCAGCAAUAUUUGAGCGAGUUCGUAAACAUCAAACGCUGGGUGGAAGAGCUAGCUGGAGCCAAGGCUGUGCAGGAAGCACUCCUGCAAUGGAACGGUUCACCAAGUGGCCCCUUCGGCGUGUCAUCAGCUCUGGGCAUUCCUUUAUUACCCAGCUUCAUCUCUCCUGUAGGGUCCCCACAAGAGGCCGAUGUGGGCGUGUCAGCAGAGGAAAUAGAGGCGGCCAAAGACAAUUGGAUCAACGGAUUAAGCAAACUGGAUAAACCACUCAUACAAGAGAAAGUCGUAUUGCCGUUAAAAGACCGUAAGAAUGUGUUGAUCACAUCAGCGCUACCAUACGUCAACAAUGUCCCACAUCUCGGUAACAUCAUCGGCUGUGUUCUCUCAGCUGACAUCUUCGCCAGGUAUUGCAGAAUAUGCAAUUAUAACACAUUGUUCAUAUGCGGCACGGAUGAAUAUGGAACUGCGACUGAAACCAAGGCGUUAGAAGAAGGCGUCACGCCGAGACAGAUUUGCGACAAAUAUUUCGCAAUACAUGACGCCGUAUACAAAUGGUUCAACAUCGGCUUCGAUUACUUCGGCCGGACCAGUACGGAAGAGCAGACAGAAAUUGCACAAAAGAUUUUUGUGAAACUAAUGGAUAAUGGAUUCGUGAGCAAGCAAUCAGUUGAGCAGUUACUUUGUGAGAAUUGUGAUAGGUUCCUCGCCGACAGGUUUGUAGAAGGCAUAUGUCCACAUGUUGGCUGUGGAUAUGAAGACGCGCGCGGUGACCAAUGUGACAAGUGUGGUAAACUGAUCAAUGCGAUAGAACUGGUGGAACCUCGAUGUAAGGUCUGCGGCCACCGUCCGAUCGUGAAGCCCAGCGAGCAGCUGUUCAUAGAGUUGGGACAGUUGGAAUCGUCUCUCCGGUCGUGGAUCAGUACUUCAGAGCACCAGUGGUCCCCACCGGCUAGGGCUGUCACCCGCGCCUGGUUUAGAGAACCGCUGCACGCCAGGGCUGUCACCAGGGACCUCAAGUGGGGAGUGCCAGUGCCUAUUGAUGGGUUUAGAAAUAAGGUGUUUUACGUAUGGUUCGACGCACCGAUUGGAUACGUCAGCAUCACACAAACUGCAACGAAGGCAUACGAGAAAUGGUGGAAGAAGGACAAAGAUUAUGAUGUGAAGUUGUACCAGUUCAUGGCCAAAGACAACGUUCCGUUCCACGCUAUUAUGUUCCCGGCGACGUGCCUGGGAAUCAACGAGGAUUACGUGCUCGUCAGUCAUCUGUACGCUACAGAGUAUCUUAAUUACGAAGAGGGCAAGUUUUCAAAAUCGAGAGGUGUUGGUGUGUUCGGUACAGAUGCACAGGAUACGGGUAUACCAUCAGACGUGUGGCGGUUCUACCUGGCCAGCGUCAGGCCGGAGACAUCCGACUCCAGCUUCAGUUGGGCAGAACUGGGCACCAGAAACAAUUCUGAGCUGCUGAACAACCUGGGCAACUUCUGCCACCGCUCACUGAGCUUCUGCGCCAACACCUUCGGAGGCACGGUGCCAGAGAUCAAGCCAACGCAAGCGGACUACGAACUAAUCGCAUUAGUCAACAGGGAGAUUGCCGCAUACGUGCAGCACAUGGAGAAGGGUCGUCUGCGAGAGGCUCUCAGGAACGUGCUAUCUGUCUCCAGACUUGGUAACCAGCACAUGCAGUCAGAGCAGCCCUGGGUGCUGCUCAAGGGCUCUGAUGAUGACAAGGAGCGUGGUGCGACGGCAAUAGGACUGUGCUGUCAACUGGUGGCUUUACUGGCGACCCUCCUGUCGCCAUACAUGCCUGAUACCACGCGCCGUCUCCAGGAACAGCUGAAGCUGGACCCCACCGUCCUCAGGCUGCAACCCAAUAACCCCUCGUUCCUCCAGUACUUGCCAGUCGGCCACACGAUCGGUAAACCGGAGCCGUUAUUCGUGAAGAUCGAGGCGGACCUGCUCGAUCGGUUACGUGUCAAGUACGCAGGCACGCAGAGCGAGAGGGCCAAUAAGGCAAAUGGUGAAACUCCAAUACUGACAGCAUCGGAAUUGGAGGCAGCCAUUGCGAAACAGGGUGAAGUGGUAAGAAAGCUGAAAGAAACGACAAAGGAUAAGUCAGUGUGGCAACCGGAGGUGAACAAACUGCUGGAAUUGAAGAAACAGUUGGUCGCGGUGACAGCAAAGCAACCAACCAACCAACAGAUCAACGGCCCCAGUGAUGUGGCCAGCCUAGAGAAGGCCAUUGCAGAACAGGGUGAUAAAGUAAGGAAAUUAAAGGCGUCGACCAAAGACAAAGCAGUAUGGCAACCGGAAGUCAACACACUACUUGAUUUGAAGAAACAACUCGCUGCGUUACAAAUCAACAAAUAAAUAU